AUGCGUUAGGAACUAUCCGCCAUUCGAGCCCUACCCGGAAACGGAAGUGAUGUCACCCAGGUGCUCAUACUGGUAAGACUUGUUCUUGGCGGGCACCGUAGGCACAAGUUCCCCCUCCCCUUACAGUCUUCAAUCGGCAAAUUUCAGGCCUUUUCGUCGCUGCUGAUCAUUUAGAGGUCCAUAUCCUCAAUUCAAGUCGAUAUUCCAAAGGUGAAGAAUCAUGGCUUCUGGCAUCAAGGUUACAGAUGAAGUGGUCGCAGCUUACGACGAGGUGAAACAAAAGCACAAGUACAAGUACGUGACCUUCAAGGUGUCUGACUGUGAGACAAAGAUCAUCGUAGAUACCAAGGUUGAGUCGUCGACCUACGAGGAAUUCCAAUCCAGUUUCCCGAACGAUGGGGCCCGCUGGAGCAUUUACGACUUUGACUACAAGAACAGGGAGGGUCAAGAUCGUAACAAGUUGAUCCUGGUCAGCUGGUGUCCAGACAGCGUUAAGGUCAAGGCCAAGAUGAUGCACGCAUCGAGCACAGAUGCCCUCAAGAAGAAGUGCCCGGCCACCAAGGUCCAGGCUACUGACUACGAUGAACUCAACUUCGAUGAAGUGAGGGAAAGGAUCCUCACAACAAGCCAGUAGUGCCCCCAGAUCAAAGCACCAAUUCUCCCUUUUCACAGUGACCAUGAUCCUUUGCUGCAGGGACCCCCCCCCCCUCAGGUUUGCAGUAGUUUCGUAAAACCACUGGGUUCAAAUCACAAACUCUACUCCUAAAGUCUUAUUCUGCGGAACAAGGUCUUACCCAAGGUAUAGUUUGAUUCCAGACUAGACAUUAUGUCCUUGGGAAAGGCACUGAACACAACUUUCCUCAGUCCAUCCAGAUGUAAAGAUGGGUACAUGACUUUGAUUGGGUAGGUACGAGGCAUUGGAAGGAGACACAGUAAAUAACACUGCCCCUACGACCCUACCUUUCCAUUUCACGAGUUUGCUGAUUUAAGCUCAAUGGUUUUACGACACUGCCACAAAGGAUUGUGGGUAGUGCGAAAGGGUGCAUACAUUCCUCUUUGGGGCUUUAUUUUGUAUCUCGUGGCAAACUAAAAACCAUGCACUACAUUAUCUUUUUACUACAAAUUGAAUAGUUUAAUUGUAUAUCAUGGAAUGAAGACUACUACUACUACUACUAUAUGCAAAUUUCCUUAUAAGACACUGUAAUUAUCAUUUGUUCUUAGACAGCAACAACAGGGGCCGUACCCUAUAAAAUGUAAUGUCAAGUUUUAGAAGGUAAUUUGUUUUGUUGAGUGGAUAUCUCAUUUCGCCGUGCCAGUAGGUGGCAAAUUAUUGUGGCACACGGGUAAAAUAAGUGACCUCUACAAGCAAAAUGGCCGUACUCUCAAUGUCACAUCCUGAGUUUGAGCCCCAAUGUUACAGGUACAAUAUAAUAUGCAUAUUCAAAAUCACAAUGAAUUAAAAACUAAUAAUCAAAAUUCUUAAAAAAUGGUUUUGCAGUGAUUGCCCUUGUUGGCAAAUACUUUGGCCCAUCACGACAUUAUGCUAAUUGUGAUUAUUUUGAAGUUUGAAAAAAAGAAAAUCAUCGGUUCAGGCUACCAAUCUGUUGUCGGCCAAUGAGUAUUGUGUUGGUGACGUAGCGAAUGUCUGCCACAAACAAUCACCCUAUGAGAUUCCCACUGAAGUCACAGUCCAAGUUUCCUGUUAUAAAAAAUACCGGAUGCAAGAUAAAGAUGUCUUUUUGUCUAUCCAAAGAUGAUAAUUUUACAGUGUUUAGCGAGAAUGUAACUCUUGAAGAAUAUAAUUGGUUGGUAGAUUUUUCUUUUUAUAUUCAAGUGUUAGCUAAAGUUACAGGGCAAUUCAGUGCACACAAUAGGUGCAUAGUGAUGCUUGCACAACUUGGAAGAGGAAAUAAAUCAAUCUACUACUAGUAAACUA